CUUGAUCUGUAGGUCAGCUGACCGUGUGCGUGGCUCUUAGUAAUCUUAUCAAGUGCCUCUACAAGGUUGCCUGCAUAGCGACUGGCAACCUUUGCAGUCGGCCGGACUAUUCCAACUUUCUCAGUUGUGAUUUGUGUUACUGGAUGUACUAUAUAACUCUUCUACCAACAACUUCACGGCCGGUUUCCAAUAACUAUGGUCAACAUACAUUAAGGAGACGUUGUAAUUAUCUGAGGCUAAUUCAAGAUGCAAAAUCUUUCUGCUAUCAGAACGGCUGUCAUUCUGGCGUUUCUCAGCUGCGUGGGAGCCUUGCCGGCUCACCAGGCUCGGGAUACGUCUCCUCUGUACCCCAACAUUGCUGACACCAGCCACGCCUCGGCCACACUCGUCAAUUUCCUCAACGGAUUUUUCACUACCAAGAGCCUUCACAACAUAGAUGGCUGGGCGUCAUACUUUGCACCCAGUGGAGAUGUCUACUUCGACGCUAUAAUCGGCUUCGGGGUGGAUAAGGCAAAUAUUCCAUCUGCCUUUUCGCAAUUUUUGAGCCAGGGCAAGCCGGACGGGAGAUCUUAUCCUCUUACAAUCAUCGGCGAUAUGAACAGUGCGGUAGUUUUUGGCGAAGAUACGCCAGAUAUGUUUGGAUUUGAAACUCGCACUAUCGCUGCCGUGGACUUCAAAGACGGCAGAGUUGCAAGAUGGGUGGAUUACUGGGAUGGACGCCAUGACGGGCUUAUUGCAUUGAAAAGCCCCAGCGACGAGUUCCUCAAGACAUUUGGGGAAUCCAACAUAACAAGGACACCGAAUCCUGUGAUACAGAAUGUUACUUCCCAGCUUAACGACGCCCUUUCGACCGGCAACAGCUUUGCAGCCGCGUCGUUGUUUUCUUUCGAUGCCGUCUUUGAAGAUCGUACAACGCAGACUCGGAUAGAAGGUCGGAACAGCAUACAGCAAUACUUUUCUCGAGCACUGGCCAGUGUACCCUACGGGAACGGUACUACCGUUAGACACGUUGUAGGCUCUUCGAGGGGUGGUGCCUACGAGUGGAUCGGUUCCCUUACAUCACCUACUCAGAAUGGCAUAUCGGGAUUCAAGCUGGACUCUAAUGGCAGCAUCACAAUACUCUCUACUGUGUGGGAUUCCUCGCAGGUGAACAAUUCAACCAUGGAAAUGCUCAUUCAACUUGCCGUUCAACUGUAACAAUUAUAGAUUGGAAGUUGGGUAAAACUUACUAAAAUCCUAUUGUUAAUGUGUUUUAUACUACUCUGGAAGAGAGGUUUUUAGGGUAUCUUUAUAGAGGCUAUCUAUGUAUCCUUAUUCUUGUUAGGUUUCGACAUACUGGGGACAUUGGGUAUACCUUUAUAACUGGAGACUAUCUGAGUGCCGGUCACAGAUGGCGUUUCAAAAACAUUGCCCAUGUUUGAGUUCUCCACACGUACUGUACUUAUACUAGCCGCUACCAUCUAGGUACCAUCGCUGAACAGAUAUUAAAGACUUUCCUUUCC